CCGCGACGCCGAGCGCGCGGCGCCGACGCCCGCGCGCGACCGACGCGACCGACGCGCGUCGCGGAUCGGCGCCGCGGCGCGCGCGAUGACGUCCUCGAACGCGUUCGCGAGCGGCGCGAACCAAAACAGUGGCAACGUCCUCACGGAUCGACCGACGACGCGCACGCACGCGCCGCCGGGAGGACGCUCGAGCAUCUCGUUCGGCGCGGACGGUGAGGGAUUGGUCAGCGCGAACGAACGGCCGGCGACGUGGCGGCAGGCGAGCGCGGCGAAGAUGCGCGAAUUCAAGGGCGCGGCGAAGACGAUCUUCGGCGGCGAAGACGAAGACGAAGAGACGACGACGCGAAGCGAACGAACGACGAAAAAGGCGACGAAGGACGACGUGAAGGCGAUGAUGCUGGCGGAUUUGAGAACGCUGUGCCGACAGAACGGACUGUCGCCGGCGGGGUCGAGGGAUACGUUGAUUGAACGGGUGUGCGAGGCGAUCGAUCGAGGCGAAUGCGAAGCCACGACGACGGUGAAAGCGGCGGGUGGGGUGUCGACGAUGGAUAAUAAUUACGGACGCUCCGGAGGGCAGAAUGUGGGCAACUUUUUGACGGGUCGCAAGACUUCGAGAGUGCUUCGUGAACCGGGCGGGGGAUCUUCGUUUAUUUUCGGCGGCGAGUCGCCGCCGAAGGCGCGCGACGGCCGUUCGGGAAACGGGCAAUCGCCGGGCAGCCAGGCGCGUGAUGCGGCUGUCGCGGCGAUGAAUGGAAGUGAUAUAUUCGCGUGUCCAGAGUUACCCAAGCAACGGAUCAGCGCGGCGAAACUCGCCGAGCAGCGCGGAAACAACGUCUUCGAUCAAACGUUGCCCGAACGUCGCCCGCUCACGUCGCAUCGUCAAGCGGGCGUGGCGCAGCUUCAGGGUGGGAACAUCUUUGAUGACACGCUGCCACAAGCUCGACGAUCGCGCGGCGGGGUUUCGUGCGCACCGGGUGGGAAUUCCUCCAUCAAUUUUGAAGCGUUUUUCCUCCCCGCCAGCGACGACGAAGGCGACGACGGCGAAGACGACGGCGAAGACCGAGUCGCGGCCCCGGCGGCGCCCGUCGUCGAAGAACCCGAAGAACCGAGAAUGCUCACGUAGUCGAUCGCUUACUUCGACUAUUUAGCUUUACCGCGCGCGUCU